GAGAAGCCGGGAGUGAGCGCAGACCAUCUGAGAAGAUUAUCUUCAUAGCAGCCACUUCUCUUUUCCAGCGAGGAUGAAGUUCAACAUUGCAAAUCCGACUACGGGUUGCCAGAAGAAGCUCGAGAUUGACGAUGAACAGAAACUUCGUGCCUUUUAUGACAAGAGAAUCUCUCAAGAAGUCAGCGGUGAUGCUUUGGGAGAGGAGUUUAAGGGGUAUGUAUUCAAGAUCAUGGGUGGAUGCGACAAACAAGGAUUUCCAAUGAAGCAAGGAGUCUUGACUCCAAACCGUGUCCGCCUUUUACUGCCUAGAGGUACUCCGUGUUUCCGGGGUUAUGGAAGGCGUGAUGGUGAGAGGAGAAGAAAAUCAGUACGUGGGUGCAUUGUCAGUCCUUACCUUUCAGUUCUGAAUUUGGUCAUUGUGAAGAAGGGUGAAAAUGACCUUCCUGGGCUGACCGAUGUUGAGAAGCCAAGGAUGAGGGGUCCUAAAAGAGCUUCAAAGAUUAGGAAGCUGUUCAACCUGUCCAAGGAGGAUGAUGUCAGGAAGUAUGUCAACACGUACCGCAGGACAUUUACUAAUAAAAAGGGGAAGGAGGUUAGCAAGGCUCCUAAAAUACAGAGGCUGGUGACUCCAUUGACCCUCCAGAGGAAGAGGGCCAGAAUUGCUCAGAAGAAGCAAAGGAUUGCCAAGGCUAAGACAGAGGCUCAGGAAUACCAGAAGUUGCUUGCGAGUAGGCUGAAGGAGCAAAGGGAGAGGCGCAGUCAGAGUGUGGCCAAGAAGAGGUCCAAGCUCUCUAUUACUUCUAAGCCAUCUGUUGCUGCUGCUUAAGCCACUUUGCAUUAAUGUACCCUUUCUUUUUUAGACUUUUUGGUUUGUUACCUAGUUUUGAUGUUUGAAGUUUUGGAGAUUUUGUUAAACAGUUGAGACUUGAUACUGCUAUUAUUUAUAUUUAGAUUGAAAUCUUUGGUGCUGUUUCUCUUUCUUCACACUCCAUAAUACUUGUUUCGGUAUUAAAUGGCUUGUAUAUCCAGUUUGUAAUAUUUAAUUAAGAAAGUGUGUUUCCCUGUCACCUUGAUCCUCACAAUUCACAAUUGGGUUAAACCUUAAACCCCUAUUAAGGGCCAGUUCGUUAC